AUGCUUAGUGACCCACGCAGUGACUUUCUGCAUAUCACGAUAGUCAGUAAAGUCGGUCAGAAAUGUUUGGGUGAUGUUUAGAAAUGUUUUGGAGAGGUUCAAAUUACACACGCUAAUACCCAGACGAUUUUUUUUCUUUCUAGACAAAAAGACACUGGUGUUGGAUGUAUGCUGUGCUCCGCUGUCAUAUUUAUGUUUCAGCAGUGUUGUAUCUGAACGCACGUGCGGAUAUAUACACCUAUACAUGCGACAAGAGGAACGUACGUUUAUAGAUACCGCAAUCGUUAGUCUGUGUGGUAUUUUUGUAAACACAUCAGACCGGCCAGCAGCGCUUUUGUGCCGACGUGAUUAUAGUAAUGGCUGCUAUCUGUUUGUUCUGCUGAACAGGUGUUUUCUAGUGGGUUUAAUAAUACGUUGUGAAUUAUCAACUUGUUUUUGAACGUGACUAUACAUACAUUGAAUGAAACAUUGUCACAUCCGAUGGACAUCGUCUGUUUCAACGCAAACGUAUGCUUUAGAACCGAAAGGAGUCAUUGAAAGAGCAUCGAUACAUCAGAACAAAUUCUGAUAGCUGUUUAGGUACCGACUGUUAUACAAUGUCUGCUGAGAGGAUUAAAGUGUUUUACGCGUGCAUAUUUUUCACGUGCUUAGUUUUUGUGCAUGGAAAUACGAACGGAGAUACUCAGCCAACUUUGGUCUAUAAAUGGGUGAAGCUUGAAUUUGUGUGGCCGAACGAUACAAUGAAACAGCAAUACAUUGCCGAGGAAGAUUACAUUCCAGAAAACAAUGCUAUCAACGGUAUAAAGGUUUAUAACAAAACGGUGUAUCUGACCAUACCGAGGCUCAAGAAAGGCAUCCCAGCGACCCUUAAUGUCGUCAUCAACACCGGAAGUGAUUCUCCCGUCCUCCGUCCGUACCCGAGUUGGUACAUGCACCGGAAGCACGACUGUGACGCCCUCUACCUUGUCCAAAGUAUGGAGAUCGACCCAAACACCGGCUACAUGUGGAUACUGGACACUGGUUUGGUAACUGUUGGACCAGUCGACGUCGCUCCAAUUGACCGUUGUCCACCCAAACUGGUAAUAUACGACAUAAACAAUGACGAAGAAAUACAUCGAUACAUUUUCGACAAAACCAAAGUUGGUGUCGGUAUGUUUUAUCUCAACGAUAUAGUUUUGGACUACGGUGCCGACGGUACGGCGCGAUUUGCCUACAUUUCUGACACCCUUGGGCGGAAGUUGGUUGUGUAUGACCGGAAGUUGGAUAAAGCUUAUGUUUUUGUUCAUGCGUCCAUGCAACCAAAUCCAGACUAUGCAACGGUGACUAUUUCAAACAGUUCUACAACGGUAACUCCCCUUGGAAUUAACGGAAUCGCCAUAUCUUCUGACUUCCGUUAUGUUUACUUUAGUUCCGUAGCCGGUUUGAGCCUGUAUCAGGUGUCGACUGCCGUCCUGCGCGACAGCUUCGCCACCGACGACGAUUUUAGUCGCUACGUGCGCAAAGUCGGCGACAAGGUCACUCAAGGGGACGGCAUGUUUUAUGGUAAGGGUCACAACCUGUAUUUCUCGACCCUUGGCAGGAACGCAGUUUACAAAUGGCCAAUUCUGUCGGACAUGGACACUCAAGGCAAAGAUUCGUCUAACGUAGAAAUGAUGACACAAACGAUUGUCUCAGAAGAUGCCCGGAUGGAAUGGGUCGACUCUCUGGCUAUUGACGAGGAGGGAGAUCUCUGGUUCACUUCCAAUAACCUCCACACAUUUUUCGGAAAUUCCACGGAAGACGGUUCCUGGAACUUUUACGUUUGGCGAAUGUUCGUCGACGACUCCAGUUAUUUGAACAUCACUGGUCUAACAUUGAUUGCUCCGACGCAAGGGUCGGCCGACCUCACGUCGUCAGUUGUCUGCCUUCUAGUCGGCGUCGCUUCCUGCUUCAUCAGUGCGUUUAUAUUUGUCAAAAUGGGGCCGUCUCUGAUGUGCAGUCUUUUGUGCGUUUUAUUCAGCGUACAAUUAUGUCACAGUGCUAAACAUUCUUACGACACUGAUGUCAUAUACCGGUGGCAAUUCUUGGAUUAUGAGUGGCCGGAUGCGGAAACAAGGAGCCAAUUUGUAGACAACGGUUCCUAUAUUCAGCACAACAACCGGUUAGGUAACAUUCGAGUAUUCAACGGAAGUGUUUACGUUACGGUUCCGCGCCUGCGCAAAGGCGUUCCCUCUACAUUGAAUGUUGUAGUUAAACAGAACGACACAGAUUCGCCACUUCUGCGACCGUUCCCCAAUUGGGAAAUAAACCAAGGGACCUCUUGUGAUCACUUCCGGUUCGUUAAUGCGUUAGAGAUUGAUCCCAAUACGGGAUGGAUGUGGAUAGUGGAUACCGGGUAUUACCCAGAUGACUCGGUCAGACCGGAAGGCGAAGUUAAAUGUCCCGCAAAGCUUGUGAUAUUUGAUUUGAAUACCAAUAAAGUGUUGCAUGAACACGUUUUUCCUGGUCUCGUUGUGGGAUAUGGAACAUUUUAUCUCAGUGAUAUUGUCUUGGAUUUCACCGAUCACGAGGUCACGCAUGCGUACAUAACAGAUAUGUAUGACUGGAAAUUGAUCGUCUAUGACCACAAAAUGAACUUCUCUUAUUCUUUCGUUCACCCCUCGAUGGAUCCCGAAUCUGGAUUUUCUAAUAUUACAAUUUAUAAUAAGACAGAAACUAUAAGGUAUUUAGGCAUAAGGGGAAUCGCCAUCUCACCAGAUUUCAACUUUGUGUAUUACACGGCUUUGGCUGGACUGCGCAUGUUCAGAAUCCCUACAUCCGUGCUGCGAGACUUUAAACAUGACAGCGUAGAUUUUGCUUUUAAUACUCAGAAAGUUGGAAAUAAACGUUCUCUUGGCGAAGGAAUGUACUGCAGCCAGAAGAAUAACCUCUUCUAUGGCGCUCCUCGUGCUAUUUACAAAUGGUCUUUGGCAGACACUGUCGAUGUCAGUCUACCGUUGCCUAGCAACGUAACCUACUCUUCGCAAUCUCUUGUGGUCAAUGAAGAAGAAUUGAACUGGAUUCCUUCUUUAACUAUAGACGUUGACAAGAACUUGUGGUUUACGAACAGACCGCUUAGCUUUGUUUCCGAACAGAACAAUAGUCAAUGGAACUACUUCGUAAUGCGAACUGUUAUCGGUGAAAAGGGAUAUAUGGAUUUUAGUGUUGAAUCCAAAGGACUUGUUCAAGGCGCAGUAAUAUAUCAACUGUCCGUGUAUAUAUUACUUAUAAGCUGUGCUUUGGGAAUAUUAUUAUCUCAUGUGCAAUAACACUGAUUAAUGUAUUUUCGUACACGGCCACGCUUUAAAGUACAAUGAAAACAUCCAGCUUGCUUUGUCUACACAUUUAUGUAGGUUUUUGUCCUUCUAUUGUCGGAUAAUAUUCGUUUCGUUCGUGAUGUUGACCAAAAAUCUUCAUUGUUGUUUUCAGAAAGAUAUCUGAUUAAAUUGUUCGGUGAACCUUGGUAUGAAUGUUUAUUAUGUGUGCUAUUUUUCAAUGAUCACCGUUUCGUUUUUGUCUCUUUGUUUGACAGUUUUUAAUCGUUUCUACGGCCACAAAAAAGUCCUAAACUUUUGAAGGUAAAUGGUACUAACAAGUUUCAUUAUAUUGUUACCAUUUUGGCUAUUGUGAAAUAUUUGUUUGGCCCUUUUCAAAAGAAUAUUCCAUAAAAAUCAAAUGAUGUGAUGCAUCUUACAGAAUUAUGGUUGUUCAAAAUUUAAUGAAGAACAUUUCUAACUAAAAGAAACGAACACAGAAAAUCUGCAAGGUUUGAACUCACAGCCAUUACAUGGCAGAGCCUGUAGUCUCUAAGAAAUUACCAAUGCAUCAAAAUAACCUGAUAGGAAAGGUUACUCUACGCCAGAAAAAAACUUCUCUUUUGUUCAAUCGGGAAUCCUCGGCACUUUCCGUAAACGAGAAAAUGCGGAAAGUACCGACGAUUCCCGAUUGCAUUUUGUAUAGAAUGGUAAACAUUCCUUUUCAAAUCACUCUUGGUGUAACUGUUUUUGGCAAAAACUGAUGCAAUGGUACCUUAUGCUAUAUGUACUAUAAGUAUUUAGUGUGAUACCGAUACCGGUUGAUCUAUAUUGAGACCACCGUAGGUAAGAACAAUGACGUCACGAAAUUUGUAUCAUUAUGACGUCACAAUAUAAAAUUAUAAGCAAAGGCAGUGCAGUCAAUCAGUGUAGCUUUUAUUAUCUUUAUUAAGAAAAUGUUCCUGUAAGUAUUUCUCAAGACGGUCACAAUAUAUAUCGGAAAACCGGUAUACUGCAAUACACAGUCAUAUCAUAUCGUAACAUAAUUCAGAGAUGAAAUAUCGCUAUAUCGCAAUAUUUUUUAAAGCUUAUUUUAUGCAUCUGCUUGGUGUUUAAACUUUUCUAAAUACUACAUAUUCUAACAUAUAUACUUAACGUAGGAAGCAGCUGAAAUUUCAUAGCAGAUAGUUGUAAAUCUGUGUGAUCCAUAUGUUAUAUAUGAAUUAAAUUUAGAGAUUCUUUUGUUUGGCAAUCCAGAUCUUUCGGUAGACCUUAACUCUUACGUUUUAAGACAUAUGCAUCACUUCAUCAAAUCCAGCAAAAUAUUUUGAACGGUGCUUUUAAAGUUGUAUAUUUGUACCUGUGUGAAUAUUAUAUAUAUAUAUCUACUUCAUGUUUAUGCCUAUUAUCAUUGUUGACAUGUAAUUGGGACAGGAGAAGGCUUUGCUAAGUUGUAAUAACUCGUGCCUAAUCCCUUGUUCAAUUUUAUUGGCAAUAAAUAUGUUUAAAGUGAAGUAAUUAAAUAUUACAACAUUU